CAACCUUUUUUUUUAUAUAUAGAGACGAGGAAGCCAGACUGAACCGCGACCGCCAGCCACGUCACCCACCUACUUCGGAUACUUCUGGUUGUUUUUUUUAAUAUAACUGGAAGGAAAGCAGCAGACUUUCUAUAAAGGAUGCAUGCAUGUUUUUCAACAAGGAUUUAAGAGAAAAUAACAGUUGCCGCAUGUUAAUGAGAACCCGGAAAAAUAGUUUAGAAAAAACUGAUUAACUUUGGGGGUCAUAAAUUUAAUCAGGCUAAAGAUUAAGAUAGUUCUACGGAACUGUGCAGUGUUUUAAAUCGUAUUCGUUUUUACCGCGACUUUGGUAGAUCAUAAGGAAAAGCCGAGGCGUCUUGUUGGUUAGAGUUUUUAGAAGAAAUAAAUCUCCUGAAAACUACUUUGCUGGCUUUGGACAAAAUGAACAUUUUUCGUCUUUUGGGGGACGUGUCCCAUCUUGUGGCAAUCAUCAUAUUGUUUCUUAAAAUCUGGAGGUCUAAGUCCUGUGCAGGUAUUUCUGGAAAAAGCCAGAUGCUGUUCGCUUUGGUCUUCACCACUAGGUACCUGGACCUGUUCACCAGCUUCAUUUCAAUCUACAACUCGGUCAUGAAGGUGGUGUUCCUGGUUUUGGCUUAUGCCACUGUGUACCUUAUCUACACGCGCUUCCGGAGCUCCUAUGACUCUGAGAACGACUCGUUCCGCGUGGAGUUCCUCCUCAUUCCCGUGGCUGGCCUGUCAUUCCUGGAGAACUAUGACUUUGCGCCCUUGGAGAUCCUGUGGACCUUCUCCAUCUACCUGGAGUCGGUGGCUAUCCUGCCUCAGCUCUUCAUGAUCACUAAGACGGGAGAGGCGGAAUCCAUCACCACGCACUACUUGUUCUUCCUGGGCCUCUAUCGCGCCCUCUACCUUGCCAACUGGGUAUGGCGAUAUCACACGGAGGCCUUCUUCGACCAGAUUGCUGUGGUGUCCGGUGUGGUACAGACCAUCUUCUACUGUGACUUCUUCUACCUUUACGUUACUAAGGUGCUGAGGGGCAGUAAUAAGAUGACUCUUCCCAUGCCAGUCUGAGCACCACCUGAAGAAACUUCCCCCACCCUUUUCCCAGUCCUCAAAUUACCUCUGUCUUAAUCAAAUAUCACACACUACCAUGUAGAGGACCUUGUUGUACUCCUCUCCAAUACUAAGGCAAUUUGAGCAAAUAAGAGGUUUCCUUUAAAUGUUUUGAUCAAUGAGCAAAAGUGAGAGGAUCUUCAUUAUAGGUACAAAAGAAUUCACAUCAAUACUUUGAACCUGGUAUGAUGUUAGUUCGGAACAUUUGUGCAUAUUUAAAUCUGAGACUUGGUAUUCUACACUUUCGUCAGGUAAAAUCUGUCAUAUAAGUGUACUGUAGGUGUUAAAUUAAAUCCCAUGGGUAACAUUGUAUUGUUGAAUGUUGUCACCCUGUUAACAUUUCAUGUUGCGUGUCUGAGCAGAAUAGAUAAGCAGUAUACAAUGUAAUAAAAAGGAGCCAUCAUCUUUUGCAAUGGUGCUGCAGGCCAAAUUAUCGGUAUAAACCCGAAGUAGCUAUACAUGUGUAAUUACGUAAACUCACUGAAUACAGUGUUAGGGCAUAUUUAAUUCAUAUGCUCAUUGUCGUCUUUAGUGCAAUAUAUAUUGUCCAAAGUAACAUACAGCUGAGUAGAGAGCAGGAUCUGUCAGGGUCCCAGGUGCGAUUGGUGAAAUAACUGCUGUUAUGGGGAUAUAACAGAGAGUCUUUCCAAACAAAGAGCCACAUGUCUAUCUAUCUGGUCUCAUUUUUCUUGUUUAAUAUUGUUUUGGGCUUAUGAUGAUAGUUUAAAGCUGUUUUGAUGUAAGGAGAUAUCAUUUUUAUGUUUAACAUUUUUUAAUAUAAAAAACUCUGAUGAUUUAACAGCGUUUACUCACUUACACAUGGUAAGCGAUAUGUAGUAAAUGUGUGACACGCGACAUUGAAAUGCAUAUGGAAAAAGUCAUUGUUUUGUCCUUGACCAUAUAACUCCAUAAAUUCUGGUUUAGAGAUAUUGGUUGGGAUCACGCAUCGUGUGAGUCUUUCCAUUUUUAAAACAUGACUGGUCGAUUUUCGUUUUUGUGAAAUUAGCAGAAAUAAAGGAAUGCAAGGGAAGGA